AUGGGCGCCGUCGAAAAUGUCAUGGAGCAGCUCUCCGCAAGGGCCGUCUUCUGCUUCCUUCUCGCUGCCCUGGUCCUCCGCUACGUUGUGAUGCGGAUCCACGAGCACCGCCGCAUCAAGAGCCUCGGCAGCUAUGGCAUCGACAUGGGCUCAUGGGUCCCCUUCGGUCUUGACAUCAUCUACCACGGUCUCCUGGCCUCCAAGUCUGACAGGUCGAUGGAACAGUGGCGAGACGGCUUCUUCAGGCGCAACAAGUCCGACACGGUCGAAGCACGCAUCGCCAACGAACGAGUCAUCUUCACCGUGAACCCGGACAACAUCAAGGCCAUCCUUGCCACGCAAUUCACCGACUAUGGAAAGGGUCAGCCCUUCCACGACGAGUGGAAGGAGUUCUUGGGCGAAAGCAUAUUCGCCACAGACGGGCCCCAGUGGCACAAUAGCCGCCAGAUGCUGCGGCCCCAAUUCACCAAGCAUCGAGUGAGCGAUUUGGAGUGUUUUGAGUCGCACAUGAGCACCUUUUUCAAGGCUAUUGCCAACGGGGGUGCUCUGGAUGGGGAGCACCAGGCAGUUAACAUGACCAAGGUCAACGGCCAAGUCAUCGACAUUGCCGACUUGUUCUACCGCUAUACUCUGGACGUGGCAUCCGACUUUCUUCUCGGGGCCGAUGUAAAGUCCAUGAGCACGCCCAAACAAGAAUUUGCCGAAGCGUUCAACAAUGUCCAGCACUUCCACAAUAUCUAUUCUCGCCUCGGGGCCAUGCGCUGGGUGCUUCCCAAGUUCAAAUACCGCGCUGACCUUCGCAUCAUCAACAAUUUCGUCGGACGCUUUAUUCACCUUGCUCUGCGCAUGACCCCCGCCGAACUUGAAUCCAAGAGCAAAUCCGACAAGGGCUACACCUUCCUCCACGAACUCGCCUGCUUCACUCGCGACCCAAAGAUCAUUCGGGACCAGGUCGUCUCGGUCCUCCUCGCCGGUCGAGACACCACCGCCGGGACCCUCUCGUGGGCCACCUACGAGCUGGCCCGCCAUCCCAACUGUCUGGCCAGGCUGCGCCAAGAGAUUUUGGAGGUAGUCGGGCCCAGGAGCCCCCCAACGUACGAGCACCUCAAGAACAUGCCCUAUCUCAAGGCCGUCAUCAACGAAACCCUCCGCCUGUACCCUUCUGUCCCGUUCAAUCUUCGCCUUGCCCUCAGGGACUGCACUCUUCCCCGGGGCGGCGGCCCGGACGGCUCCGAGCCCCUGCCCGUUCUCAAAGACACCAAGAUUGCCUACUCUGCGUUGGUAAUGCAGCGCCUCCCGGAGCUGUACCCUCCUGUUUCAGAGACCUUUGCCGACCCCGCCGUCUUCAGUCCCGAGCGCUGGGCAAAGUGGCACCCCAAGCCUCACCAUUACAUCCCCUUCAACGCCGGCCCCCGCAUCUGCAUCGGGCAGCAGUUUGCCCUCGUGGAGAUGAGCUACGUCCUGGUCAGGAUGUUCCAGCGCUUCAGCCGCCUGGACAGUCACAUGUACAAGCUGGAUGGCGAUGACCCGACCCUCCGAGCGAACGUGGUCCUGUCGCCCGGCAAGGGAGUCCAUGUCGCCUUCUGGGAAGCUGACAGGGGGUAA